UUAGAUCUACGAUUGAAAGCCCACCAUGAGGGUGCACGCACUUUAUUAUCUCUCCAAGUGCAGCGCCAACAUUUCGCGGCUCGUUAAAACAAUUCAAAUUUUCAUUACGAAGCCUCUGCAAAUUCAAACUAAAAUAUUAGAGCUCAAAACUCUCUCUCUCUCUCCCCCCUCAGUUUCAGAUCUGGUGGAUUUCUAACACAUCGAAAUUUCUUGCUUUCGCUAAUUCAAAGUUUCUGCAGAAAAAAUCUCCAGGUUAUUUUAAUUCAAAUUCCAUACCCUAUUAUUUCCUCCUUUUGUUAUUUUCAUUAAUUCUGGAGUGUCACAAGGAAUAUUUUAUGCUUCUUACUCAAAUUCUUCACGAAAGUUCCAUCCUUUUCCCUCAAAUUCAUGUACCCAAUUCACCAAUUAUGUUAGAAAAGCGUUUAAACGGUCAGUUGUAUUCGUGUUUUACAUGCGAAAAGCUUUACAUUUUCGCUUGAAUCUACAUGCCAAUUUGAGUAACCAUGGUGAGGGAGCAGAGGGUCGAGUCCUUCUAUUCGAGACUCCGUGAAUCGGCGACGGCGUCGUCUCAUUCUCCUCUGCUAAUAUUCCCGUCAACUUCAGACGUAGAUUCGCUCUGCGCACUCAAAAUCAUUUUCCAUGUUCUUGAAUCCGAUUCCGUCCGAUAUGCUUGCUAUCCCGUCUCUUCCUUCCAAGAAAUUCACAAAUAUGCGGGCUCUGAUCUGUUUUCAUCUGAUAACCCCGUUUCGAUCCUUUUGAUCAAUUGGGGUUGUCACCGGGACUUGAGAAAAGUCCUAAAUUUGGGUCCCGCAGCGCGGGUUUUUGUAGUCGAUAGCCACCGUCCGAUCCAUUUGCAUAAUCUGAGUGAGCAGAACGAUCGUGUGGUUGUUCUUUAUACUUUGGAUGAUGAGCACCAGGCUGAUUUGGCUUAUGAUUUCGAUGUUUCUGCCUUGGCUAAUGCAAGUCAGUUGAAUAGUGAUGAUGAAGUCGACGAGGAAUCGGAUAGCGAGGAUGAAAAUGACAGUGAGAGUGAAGAAGAGGAAGAGGGAGGUGGGUCGAGGAAGCGCAGGAGGGUUUCCCAAGGAAACGAAGAAGACCCAGUUCAGCUUUUUCGGAAACUGAAGAAGGAGUACUAUCAUAUGGGUACUUUCCAUGGUAAGCCUUCGGGGUGUUUGAUGUAUGAUUUGUCACAUUUGUUGAGGAAGAACACGAAUGAGUUGCUAUGGUUGGCUUGUGUCUCUUUAACGGAUCAGUUUGUUCAUGAGAGGUUAACUGAUGAGAGAUAUCAAGCUGGGGUAAUGGAGCUUGAGCAGCAUAUUAACAGUUCAGGGAAUUUGGAUGCGGUAACUUCGGUGACUCUUAAAGAUGGGACAAAAAUUCGAGUACCCAACUCAUCCAGAAUUGCAUAUGAAGAUGAACCAAGGCUAAUGCUGCUACAAGAAUGGAAUUUAUUCGAUUCGAUGCUAUGUUCUUCAUAUCUUGCAACUAAAUUGAAGACUUGGAGUGACAAUGGAAUGAAAAAGCUCAAGCUUCUUCUUGCUCGGAUGGGAUUCGCACUUGUUGAUUGCCAACAGAAGUUUCAGUACAUGAAUCUUGAAGUUAAAAGGAAGAUGAAAGAUGAGUUUGAGCGGUUUCUACCAGAGUAUGGGCUUACUGAUUUCUACUACCGGAGUUUUUUGCGGCUACAUAGUUAUAGCUCAAGGGUUUCUGCUGCAGAUGUUGUAUAUGGAGUUACUGCCCUGCUGGAGUCGUUUGUGAAAUCAGAUGGCUCUUGUGCUUCCAAGCAGUUUGGAGUGGCCUAUGAUGCCUUGUCAUUGAGUAAUCUUGACAAGCUGAAAUCUGGAAUGCAACAAGCUAUCAAGAUACAAAGGGCAAUCCUUAGACAAGGAAGUACAGCGAUAACUAAGAGCGGUUGCAUAAGAAGUGGAAGGAGAUUCCGGUGGGUUAAGCUUGAAGACUCAGUGGAUACAAAGCUGCUGGGGUACCCACAGGCCUUGACUAAGUUUUGUUAUUUUUUGAUGGAUGCUUUGCGGGAGAAGGGUGCUAGAAUGAAACCUUUGCUGUGUGCUUGCUUGUCACAAGAGCCAAAAAAGGUGCUGAUUGUUGGAGUUUGUGGGAAGCCUCGACUGGGAUCAGCUCAAGGAAAUGCAUUUGGAAUUGCAUUUAGAAAUGCAGCAGAGGAGAUUGGAGCAGAAUUCUUUCACGAGUUGUUUGAGUCAUCAUGGAUUGUUUUGGACUCAACUGCCGUCAACUCUUUUAUGGUAAAGUUGACUGAGAAGCUCUGAUGUAUAAAACUUAGACAUAAUUCUGCCUAACUCAACUACCCAGCUACUUUAAGCAAGUACGUUCUUUGUUUUUUCUCCUUUUUUUUUAACCGUUGUGGAAUGUCUGAGAAAAUUAAUAAAUUAUAUGCUAUAGUUUCUCUGUAUGAAAAAGUCAUCAUUCUUUUUUUUUACUCAUUUAACA